AUGGUGCUUUGGAACCAAAUUGUGCUGGUGGCUGUAUUGUUCAUCUUCUCUUGCCCAAAAGGAUUCGAAACACAACCUUCACAACACCUGUGUGGCUCACAGCUUGUGGACGCUGUACAUUUUGUGUGUGGAAGUAAGGGUUUCUACUAUGAACCUAAAACAAAAAAAAGCAUUGUGCAGCUUCUAGGUAUGUUAGCCCAAAUGCAUGGAGAAAGUCUCCUGAAGACUUAUCUAUAUUUGUGUGAAAUACAGAAUGUUCAAAGAAAAGGAUUUUCAAAUAAACCUAAUGAUGAAUACAUAAGUGCAGGUACAGGAUUACUUGGUGAAGAGUCUGUUCAAGACAAUGAGGCACAGCAGAAACCUCUAUUCAAUAAAAUGCUAGGUCGGAUGAUGAAGAGAGGCAUAGUGGAGCACUGCUGUCACAAUACCUGCUCCCUUUACGAACUCGAAGCCUACUGCAACUCAUAA